AUGGACCUAUUCGUGACAAAAGCAGCAGUGUCCUUCUUGGUGCUGUACGUUAUUUUCCGUCUUGCGUUACUCUUCAUGACAGAAACAAAUCUCUGGAUGUGGAUGAUUUUCUUCCUUGAGGUAGCCUCCUAUGGCCAGAUCCUACCCUUUCAAAUUUUGCGUAUAUUUGCGUUAAAAGCUGAGACGCGUUCUGUGCAGCCCAGCCGACAGGCACGUCGAUUGGUCGGUAAUCAAGUGCCUCUAGUGGAUGUAUUUAUCCCAUGCUAUGGAGAGCCCAUCGAAAUCAUCUCAGGGACAGUUCGUGGUGCCUGUCUUCUCAACUAUCCUCAAGACAGGUUCCGGGUGCGGGUACUCGACGAUGGAAACUCACCCAGUCUUCUCGAGGCCGUGGAGAAACUACGCACUAAGUGGCCCAAUUUGCACUAUCACACUCGGGCCACGAAGAAGGGCACCAAAACUUUUGCCAAAGCAAGCAAUUUGAACCACGUUCUUUUUGAUGAAUCCAAUGGUCAGCUUCCUGAAUUCAUUACUGUACUUGAUUCAGACUUCAUUCCGUCGCCAGACCUACUUCGAGCCGGACUAGCACACCUGGUGACAGAUCCCAAACUAGCUAUCGUUGGGACCUCACAGAUCUAUUAUAACCUUCCUGUCGGGGACCCUCUCUACCAGGGCUUAGAAUGGUUCGUCGCGGUGCUCAGCCCCCAGCUGACCGCACUUCGAGGCGCUGUCGCUGGCGGAUCUGGUUGUCUCAUUCGUCGGGGUCCGCUCGUCGCUGUUGGUGGUUUCCCUGUACUUUUCAGCGGGGAAGACAUGAUCCUUUCUUAUACCCUGCUGGCAUCUGGUUAUGAUAUAAUAUCACUGGCAGAGCCUCUUCAGUAUGGGAGGGUCCCAGAAAGUAUCCAGGGCCAUAUAUUUCAGCGAAAAAGGUGGUCAGUCAGCUUGGCGGAGCGCAUUAUGGCAUGGAAUGACUCUGUGCAGAAUUCAAUCCCAAACUCACGUCGUACUUCGAUGGUAAUAGAAGGCCUGAUUCAUAUUCUGACACUCUUUUCCCGGACGCUGGAAUUUAUUGUGCUCCCGCUGGCGUUGUUCACCGGUCAGCAGUUGGUCCCCGCACCAAGCCUUUGGAUAUUGAAAAUCAAUGUCAGCAUGGCUACCAUAUACCUUUCAAUCCUCUAUGCUAGCCAGUAUAUACAGGCUCUUUGCGUGGAAUUUAAAGUCUCCCUCUUUCCACAUCUAGAGGAAGCAUGGAUGGCUCCAGGGCAACUUCUCGCCAUCAUAAGAUUCUUCUUCUUGAGAACCAAAUCCACUAGAUCCCCAGUGACCGGAAGCUCUGAUCACCCCUGGAAUCAAGACAUGUCAAGCCAACCCGAGGGUCUGAUGAGUUUGACCCAGCGCAUGAUCCCAGAUACCGAAUUGUGUAUCAAUGGACUGUCACUCAUCGCUACUAUUGUGGCCAUUUACUAUAACUUAAUGGCCAAAUUCCGCUGUUCGAUUUCCGAAAACGACAAGAGCGUUGUUGCCCUAUUGCUCACCACUGCAGCAUGGCCACCAAUCCUGCACCUAAGCUAUAAUAUGAUUGCAGCCCACUUAGUGCCACUGUCUGCUUGUUUGCGCUUACCUCAAUAUCCUGAAUUGGGGGCAGCUUUGGGUCCUCAUCCUCAUGAUCCAACUGCUUUGUUUCCUACAAAAGCGAUCCAAGACAGCUUGAAGCAUGCGAGAAGGCCAUCUUUUGGUUAUGGAGGCCAUUUCCUCAUCAUUCCGAUAGUUCUUGCUGGCCUAUUUGUGGUGAUUACGUUGCUCUGA